AUGAAGAAGUCACAAGUGCGCAGUACUAGCCAAGUAUCGGGCGACUCGAUGGUCUCGUCUGGUGCGGUUCUGUCAGCACAACACAUGCUGCUGACAGCCUGGUUUGUCGUUGGAAUGAUUCCGCUAAUUCUUCAGGCACGAAGUUUCCUGAAAUUCGCGACGCCACACAAGAUGACGGAGACUCUCGUAGUGCCGUCGGAUGCAGUUCAAGAGAUGAAUGAUGUGACAGAGUUAUGUCCUGCAUUCGGUCUGCAAAUGGCUCAGGUUUGGUGGAAUGUUGAGACGACACACUACUACAACUUGAAUCAUGGACGGCUUUGCCACUUUGUUGCACCUCAAUACAACUGUCACGGACGAUAUGUUGUAGGCUCUGAGAGAGUAAAACCGUACCAUGCAGCGCCUUCCAGCUGCGCUAAUGACAGCUUCUCGCUAGAAAUGUUCUUUUACCACGGCAGUAUUGGCUUUUACUCGUUCUACGAAGAGGUUGUCGGGACGUACUGCACAAUAGACCAUACCAUGUACGGGGUCAUUGACGGCCUCGGUACUUUCGACAUCAACGGGUCUCUAUUAGCAGAAGAUAGAGGUAGCUACGAUUAUCGUCAUUCAUACUGGUACGGCACAGUUGGAAUGGUGUGGAUUAUUUACCGAGUACUCGUAAUUCGACGGAGUUAUAUCGCGUGUAAGCGAUACGGACGAAGAUGCGAUCAAAUGCACGAAAGUUUACGACGAAGGACAGCCAUGGUUUUCGUGCACGAGAAUAUGCGCCUUUCAGCCCACGGAGCGACGAAUUACCACCGGUUAAUGCUCCUGUAUCUUCUAAUUGAAGGCAUCAUGAGCGACUUAUUCCUUCUCGUGGCAACCGACGGAAUUUUUGCCUGGUUUCAGUAUAUCUCGUUCGGCUACAAUUUGUCGGGUAUGCUGUUGAUUCUGUUCGAGAUGAUUGAGAACAUGAAGUGGCUGCGUGAGAGAUCCAGACUUUUCAUUAAGCGCUUGUUAUUUAGCUACGAGUCGUCAUUACUUGGUGAACUUUUGAGUGCAUUCGGUCAGGCAAGUGUUCUAACGGCAUUAAAUCACUCGGAUUUAAAGCGAUCAGGACCAACUGCACGGGCAGUCUCGUAUUAUGCGUGGGGGUUAGUGGGCCAUAGCGUUAUUGUACUCUCGCUUAUUGGCUGCAUAAUGUCAGUACGCGUAGUGCGUGCGGUAACUUGUGUGCGGCGGAAACACGGUCAGAUAUGGUCUAUUUUAACAGCUCCGUGCUGUGUAGAUUCUACUCUGGGAAUACGCAACAAGAUGACAAUGUUGACAGGUUAUUGCUGGAUAGAAGGGAGCCUGUGCUACAAACCCGAUGCGUUGAAAGCGUUCGGACUUUUGAAAGUAGAGGAGGACGAUGGUGCAGAGUUCAUGGCUUUACGAAAACUACACUGGUUCAAAGUACCUACAGAUGACCUUGUGGUGAUCGGAUCCGUGACAAAGCAGUAUGUACAGACGUGCAGUGAACGACCGUGUACAGGGGUAGUGAGCUUUUUCGAUCGGAGUUUAGGAGGUCCGCUUGAAGGAGGGAGUCGUCGUGUUCGGUCAGUCCGCGCGAAGAACAAAAUCCUAGUGUUUCCUUCUCAAGAUGUUGUUAAAGAAUAA